AUGUAUCUAUCCACAGUCUCGCUCAUCUUGGCACUUUCUGCCACUGGAGCCCUUGCCGGCCUGCAUAACGACGCUCUUUGUGUGACCGGCCGAACACGUUCUCCUGUUGGCGGCACCCCCUUCAGUCCCAGCUACACCUGGGCCAAGGACUACGAAAUCCACAAGGAAGCCACCGAGUGUGCUUGCAGACUCUACAAGGCUCGCAAUACUGGAAACAAGCAGUGGGAUAGGUGCCCCGAUUGCUUUUACAGCCCGGCCCUUGCUCUUAUGCGGAAUCAUAAUGUUGACCCCCUUCCCUUUCGUGAACCCCGAUUCAUUAUGUUCGUCAAUUGCCUUGGCCUCGUAGUCGUGCAGCCUAGUCUUGUGUAUCAAAGCGGCCAUGUUCCCGGGCACGAGAUCGGCUUGCGUCAUUACUGUCCUGACCAUCUUCGGACUCUUAGUCUCCGAGAUGUCUCUGAGGACGAAGAUGCUUGA